CGCAGGGAGGAUUUAUAAAAAGAUGGCUGCCACUGUCCGAUGCAUUCUGUUCAAACUAACUGUCGAAAGGGUCGUUCAAGAUGUCUGGCCGUGGAAAGGGCGGGAAAGGACUCGGUAAAGGAGGCGCUAAGCGUCACCGUAAAGUCCUCCGCGAUAACAUCCAGGGAAUCACCAAGCCCGCCAUCCGCCGUCUGGCUCGCCGCGGUGGAGUCAAGCGGAUCUCCGGUCUCAUCUACGAGGAGACCCGCGGGGUGUUGAAGGUUUUCCUGGAGAACGUCAUCCGGGAUGCCGUCACCUACACGGAGCACGCCAAGAGGAAGACUGUGACCGCCAUGGACGUGGUCUACGCUCUCAAGAGGCAGGGACGGACCCUGUACGGAUUUGGGGGUUAAACUUAACCUGGUCCAAGGAGAAACAAAGGCUCUUUUCAGAGCCACCACUCAUUAGAAAGAGAAAUAUCCUGUUUUAUAAUUAAUCUCACAGUUGAACGGGAAGGAUGAUUGCUUUAGACCAACGAUAGAGAAACCCUUGUUCUAAUGUACAAUAAUAAAAAUGUUUGACCUGGA